GAUAACAUUUUAUACGUAUGAGAGAAGCAUACGAUCGCAGCGCAAAGAGGACAUAGCGAGUGGGCUGUGGACUCCUCCUCCCUCCAUCCCUCCUCCUCCUCGCAUUCUCGCCGGUGUAAAACUCAGUCUCUGUGUGGAAGCGGAAGCACAACGACACCGUUUGAGAGGGAGAGAAUUGUGCUAAGGAAGAAAAGAAGAAUAUGGAUAUGGAAGCACAGAGGUUUGUAUGGGGCGGAGCAAUUCCUCUGCAGAUUCAUCUCCAUGAAUCCGACGUCGCCACUCUUCCUGCUCCCCCACCUGCCCUGAUCUUAGCUCCUCGGAUUGGGUAUCUGCCAUUGUUGGCCUCGGUUCUAAAACCUCACUUCAGCUCUGCACUUCCUCCUCGCUUAGACGCCAUUUGGUUCGAGUACAAAGGCUUGCCCUUGAAAUGGUAUAUACCCACAGGAGUUCUAUUUGAUCUUCUAUGUGCAGAACCAGAAAGACCUUGGAAUCUCACGGUGCAUUUUACAGGAUAUCCGGGGAACAUAUUGAUUCCUUGUGAUGGUGAAGAUAGUGUAAAGUGGAGCUUUAUCAAUUCUUUGAAAGAGGCUGCAUAUAUAAUAAAUGGAAACUGUAAGAAUGUGAUGAACAUGUCUCAGCCAGAUCAGGUGGAGCUUUGGCGUUCGGUCUUAAAUGGUAAUUUGGAAGCCUACUUCCGGGUAUCUUCUAAACUUAAGCUUGGAACUGUUGGGGAAGAAUGGGCAGCAAAGAAUUCAUGCUCUCCAAAAUCCAGACCAAAUAUGGGCGAAACUGAUGUUUCUGGACAAGUGAAGGCAGGUCGUGUUCCAGUUCGUUUAUAUGUUUGGAGUGUCGGUGAGGAUUUUGAUGAUUUAGAAGAUGCACCUCAGAUUGAUAGUUGGGACAAAGUCUCUUACAUUAACCGGCCUGUUGAGAUACAAGGAGGAGAAGGAGGUAGAUGCUUCACUCUAAAUGAUGCAAUCAAGAGCCUUUUGCCAGAGUAUUUUCCUGACAAAUCCUUGAUCCCUGAAGAAUCACCAACGUUAGGUGAGGAGGAUGAACAAAAGGUUUCCUCUGAAGAUGCAAUCAAGAGCGAUAUAGGAGCCAAAGAGGAAGUAGAAAAGUCAAGCGAACAUACAAAGUCUUGCAACCAAUACGAUGAUGCUGAAAUCAAACUAGUCCGUAUCCAAGGUAUUGAGCCGAAAUUGGAGAUACCGUUCUCUUGGGUGGCAAAUAACUUACUGAACCCCGAGCACUUUCUUCAUAUCUGUGUGUAUUUGAAAGUACCACAAAUCAAUAACAUGUGUAGGUAGGUUGCAUUUGGAAUCAUUUUCGCCACGUUUAAAACAAGGCAUCUUCCAUUGGGGACUUUGAAAUGUAUUUUACUGUAUAGAAGUGUACAGAAGAUUAACUGUCAGUAUAUAUCUAUCAUUCACUUCAGGUU